AUGGCAAUAAACGUAGCUUUCAACGACCAUACUGUUUGUGAAGUGACGAGUAAUGGCGGCCGAGAUGAAACCACAGACGAUUCCAAAACACAGACGAGAGCACUGCGGACAGCAUCGUCAGAUACAGCGUCAAAAGAUAUGGUAUUAGCAACGACAGCAUUGUCUAUUUGUGACAGGUCUAACAGCAAAGGUGUACGCACAGGCCAACAGACAAAUGAUGUGGACGGACCAUGGACAACAGAAUCUUCCAAAAGAUUACCUGAAAAUGGUACAUGCGCUGUUGAAAACGUAAUUGUAGAUACGGAAAACACAAGGUGGCAUUCCAAAACGAGGCUGAAGAAGCAGAUUGUGCUGGUGGGAAUAUGUUCCAUCACUAUAGUCAUUUCCCAUGGUUACGCCAUGUCUCUUGGAGUCCUCUUUCUACCAAUCAGAGACACGUUUGGAACGAACACCGCCGAAACAGCAUUGCUGCAGUCCGUUAGCCUUGGGAGUUUAAUGUGUGGAAGUGCUGUUGUAAGUCCUCUGUUUCUCAAAUAUGGCGCUGGGCCUGUUGGAUUUGCCGGGAAUUUGUUGGCAACCAUUGGACUCGUCGUUAGCUUCUUAGCUCCCUCAUUUCCGGUUCUCGUUGUGUCAGGUGGAUUUAUUACAGGUCUUGGCCUUUGUUGCCAGUACGUCAUCAACUUUUCAGUUAUCGGAACUGUUAUCAAGAAUGCCAAGUGGAGAGAUUUUGCCUUUGCCCUAUUGGCCAGCUCCGUCGGAAUCGGAUAUUCAGUAUAUCCAAUCAUGACUGCACUUUUGCUGGAACAAUUCGGCUGGCGCGGAACCAUGUUGUUACUAGGGGGAAUAACUCUUCAUUGCUGUCCAGCAUUUCUUACCAUCGCUGCGAUCUCGCGAGAUCUCGUACAAAAAGACCGGAAAUUGGACGAUCCUUCCGAGAGCAAAUCCCACUGGAAUCUCUCCCUGUUUAAAGAAUUUGGAUUUCUCAUUAUGGGAUUCAAUGUAUUUUUAGUAUUGGCCUUGAUACCUACAGUGAAUUUUUUCUUGGUGGAUAUGUCCAAAACAAAUGGUUUUGACCUGAAAACGGGAGCAUUCUUUUUAACUGUAGCUGGGAUUUCCAGCGUAGCCGGCCGAGCUAUCACUGUUGCUGUGACUGUGUUCACGGGAGGGUCGAAGAUAUUACCAAUUGGCGUCCUUUACAUAGCAACAGGGACGUUUAUGUCAAUUGUGCCUUUUGCUAAGACAUAUGUUUCUGUGGUAUCUGCGGUUCUAUUAUACAACAUACCGUAUGGCGCUUCGUCUGUUUUAUUCCCGUCUGCUGUCUAUGAAGUGGCGGGAAAUCACCGUUAUACGUCUGCAGUGGGAUAUGCCGGUCUAAUAGGCGGGGUAGCAGCGUGGAUCAGCGGACCCAUCGGAGGUGAGCUCAAUAAUAAUUAAAUGCAUAAAGGUUUAUAGUCCGCCCCAUCCUCUUUUUUUAAGUAAAUAAUUUCAGUUUGGUGUCAGACCAAACUGAAAUUAUUUACUAAAAAAAAAAAAAAAAAAAAAAAAAAAAAGUAAGAAGAAAAGUAAAAGCAUUUUAGAAAUAAAAAAAACCCCACUAUUUUUGUGACCACUUUUGAAAAAAAUCGGCGCAGAAAUAUAUAACUACAUAAUAUGAAAACAAGGCGUUCCCUGUGUGAAGAACUACAUCUGAAAAGAAACAAAAGGGUGGAGGUAAAACACAUUGUCUGGUGCAUA